AUGAAGAAAACCGAAAGUCAAGCUUCAUUAUCAGAGGAUGAAGAUUAUAAUAUUGGAGAUGGAUUAACUGCUCCGGAAGGCUUUCACCCAAUAGCCUGCAUUCAAUGUCGAUCUCUACACAAAAAGUGUGAUAAAAAGCUUCCUGAAUGCUCUAAAUGUUCAGCCAGAGGACUCAAAUGUACAUACAAUACACCAAGAAAACGAGGAAAAGGCUCGGACGCUUAUCCAACCAAAACGGAGAGAAGGAAAAAGUCAUCAUCGUCCAAUAAUACUGACAAAUCAAAUAGUACUCCCUCAAUUGACAAUCAACUACAACAUCAAUUACUCAAUAGCAUGCCUCUAAAUUUACCAACCACCAUCCCAUCAUCAUCUCUUCCGUACACUUCACCAACUCACAUAAACGGUCAGUCACCACAAUUUCCACAAACAAUGUCAAGUACAGUUUCACCAAUGAAUGUGGUAGAAUUGUAUUAUACUUUCCUUUGUAGUGGACAUCCCGUUUUGAAAAGGGUCAAAUUUGAAUUUUUUGUAAAGACAUGUUUACAACAAUUUUUGAAUGGUUCACCACAAAUUAUUGUUCCUCCCAAUGAAUUUAUCACAACAGAGGCUGAGAUGAAGUGUUUAUUUGCCUUUUACUUGUCAGCAUUGGCUUUAUCUGAACAAAUUACUGCUCAGUUGAGCUUUGCUCAAGUCACAGCCAAGAGAUGUGAAUUGGAAAUUGCCAAACUCUCGACAGAUUACUUUUCAAACUUUUACUUUGUUGGAGCUUGUCACAAUAUGGGAGCAUACUUUAUUGGAUAUGGAGAUUUACCAAGGUCUAGAUACUAUUUAUUAUUUGGAGAUUUCUACUUUUCGGAGAAUCAAAACAGAACUUUGGAUUUAUAUGAGAAGAAUUUAGAGAAACAUAGAGCUUUUGUUGUGGGUGGAGCUGAGCAACAUUCCCCAAAUGAGUUUGCCAUUUUCAUCAAGGGGUUACCAAAGAUUUUGGAAGUUUCUCUGGACAAGUCAAUUUCUGAGAUAUUGUUGCCUGGUACAUGGGACUAUUUGAAAAACGCUGUUGUCACAACUGAAAAUUUCAUGCUUUUCAAACAAGUUAUUGAAGCAGUGUUCAAUGCAGUUUCUAGCUAUCGUCAACGUUUAAUCAAAAUGAUGGUUGAUUGUCACUCGGAGACAUUUUUCAAAUCUCAACAUAUGCAUUCAUUCAUUAUUGUGGAGGGAUUCAAAUUAUUAUUCUUGAGUAGAAUACCUGAUAUUUCUCCAAGUGCUGUGGAAGAGAUUGCACUCAAAAUUACGUUAAUGACUGAACAUGAACUAUUUCCUAUUACCACAACUUGUCAAUAUCAUUUGGACAUUUGUAAAUUAAUUGAGAGAGGAUUAAGACCUAGGAUUUCCUCAAUUACCACAUCAUCUAAAAAGGUUAUUACUGUGGAUUAUUUUACAUUCUUGGAGAAGGAUUACCGAGCAAUUACAACACUUGCCAAACGAUAUGUGCGGCUAUCUACUGCAUAUAAACCACUAAUUGACGAAAUGGAAGCAGUAAUUCAAAGAAAUCUAAUGCCACAAAACAACUUCCCACUUCCUCAAAAAGAAAUGAUAGUAACCGAUAGAAAUAGUAAUGCAUCAGCCAAUAGCUCUCCAGUCUCUCAAAAUGAUGCUGUCCUAUCAGCUCUGUUAAGCUAUCUAGAAGGUGUCACAAAGAAUAUGAAACAACAACCACCACCAACCUAUGAUCAAUUCCCAAACAAUUCUUUUGACGCAGGUUCUUAUGAAAAUUAUCAAGCUGCAGCACAAGUUGUAACAACUCCAUCAGCAUACACAUUGUAUCCUGCUUUUAGAUCAUUCCAAGCUUUGAAAACAAAGGAAGAAGAAGAUGAUAAGCAAUGGUUGACUUAUUGGUCAGUUUAUGCUUUUGUGAUCACUUUCGAAUGCUUUUUCGAAUGGUUAAUUUAUUGGAUUCCUUUCUAUUUUGAAGUUAAAAUUCUCUUCUUGUUGUGGUUGAUCUUUAAAGUUAAUACAAACUUUGGUGGAGCUCACUUUGUUUAUAAUUGUUACAUUGAACCAUUCAUGUCCAGUAGAGAGAAAGUUAUUGAUGAUUUAUUGAAUCAGUUUGGAUUAGGAUGGUUGGAUUUAUCUAAAAAGAAAGCUGAAUAAUUUCAAAAGUAAUUUCUAAUAAACAUCUCUCCAAUUUGUACU